AUGACAAAAUAUCGUAUCCUUAACAAACUUGGUGAAGGUUCAUAUGGCCAAGUUUUCAAAUGUGAGAACAUAGCUGAUGGAUCAAACUGGGCUUUUAAAAAACUAGAUGACUCUUACAAUAGUACAGAUGAAAUACAACGAAUUCGAGAAAUUCAAAUAUAUCAAAUAGAUCGAAAAUCUCCAUUAUCAAACAAUAUCAUUACUAAAUGUAUAUAUUCGAUUCUCAUAGCACUUGAAUAUAUUCAUAGACAUGGAUUUAUUCAUCGAGAUGUCAAACCCGAGAAUAUUCUUGUCAAAGGAGAACAUAUCAAGUUGGCUGAUUUUGGAAUGUGUCGAUCAAUACCUGAUGGACGACCUUUUACAGAUUACGUUGCAACUCGUUGGUAUCGAGCUCCCGAAUGUAUUUUAACCAAGGGAUAUUAUGGACAACCAGUGGAUAUUUGGUCAACUGGAUGUGUUAUGUUUGAAAUAAUGACAUUGAAACCUCUAUUUGUGGGUUCGAAUGAUCUUGAUCAGAUCAACAAAAUUCAUACAGUGCUUGGAACACCUACAAGAGAAUUGCUUAAAAAAUUCGAGCCACAUCGAAAUCCAUCUAUUAAUUUCAAUUUUCCAUUUCAACAAGGUGUUGGUUUUGUUCAACAAUUGACUAUUUAUUCGUUAGAUGCAGCUGAUCUUCUUAUUCAAAUGUUAAUAUAUAAUGAUGAAAAUCGUAUAUCAGCAUCUAAUGCUCUAGUACAUCCAUAUUUUGAUCAUAUUAGAGAGAAUUUCUCAAAAAAUUCUGAAAUAUAUAGAAUAUGUGAUGAGAAAAAUAUUCAAACUGAUAAAGAAUAUAUUUCACAUAUAAAUGAUAUACCAAUAAUUGAAACAGAUCAUAAUUAUUUUGUCUCUGAACUACUAUCGACUAUAAAAGAAGAAUCAUCUUUAUCGUAUUCAUUACAAUCGAAUAAAGAACUGCUUUCGAACCAGUUAUUAUGUAAUGCACCAAUUUAUUUUAAUCUAAUAGAACAACUGUUAAUAUCAACUCAUACGAUCGGUACAUUUCAGUAUAUGAAUUUCAUUAAUAUAAAUUCGAUAUUCAAUCAAUUAUGGCAAAUCUCUCAAUUAGCACAGACAAAUAUGAAAAAAAUUCAAAUUAAUCUCGAAUUAAUCUUGAUUCAUAUGAAGACAAAUUUGAAAAUAAUUGUCAAAGCUCCGACAUGGAAACUUAAAAUACAACUACUAACAGAAGUAUUACAUUAUUUAAAGACAAGCGGACAAAAUUGUUUAACAUUUACUAAGGAAUUAAAUGAUAAAUGUUAUCGCAUAAAAAAACAAAUUAAUCAAAUAAUUUCUACUAUGAAUAGUAGUUUAUCAGUAGAAAAUGGAAAAGUAAAUCAAUUUAUUCUAGGAAAUUUCAUACAAGCUUUAUCUUCUUUUAUUCUUAAUAUAUUGAUCAAAAUUGUUCAAAUCAUCAUUUUUGAUGAUGGAAAUCUUUUUUUAAUAACUGAAAAAUCAAGUGAAACCAAUUUAAGUAAAAAACUUCAAACAAAUAUUCAAUGCGUUUACUCAACUGAUCAAAUCGAAGAAAUUGUUCAACUCUUAUUGAUGUUUGAAAAUCAGACGGAUAAAAUCAUUUCCCUAGUUUCUAUCAUCGAAUUACAUUUAACAUUAAUAUUGAAUAAUCAAAUCGAUAGAUUAAUUGAGCAAAUUCAAAUAAUCGAUUCGAAUUCGGCAACAAUCUCAGAACAAAAAUUUCUUAUUGAACUUAUCAAACUUCAAUUACAUCAUAUUUAUGAUGAAUCAUCUGCACUUUUCAUCAUGUUUUGCAUCUAUAUUGAUGUGUCAGACAAGUUUAUCCUUGACAAAUUUCACAACAUCCAAUUCAUAGAAUUAUAUCAUAAACAAAAAGUUGAAUAUAAUAACUUAAUCGAUACAUACUCUACUAAGACAAAUAAUUUCCAAAUACAAUUAGCACAAUCAAUGCAAGAAGAGAAAACUAAAUAUAUGAUUGUCUAUGAAAAACUACGAAAUGAAUUCAAUCAAUUUUUAAAAGAUUUCGAUCAUGUUGUAUAG